CGGGCCGGCCGGGAGUGCGGGUCGUUCUGCGCGUGCUGCCGGACGAGGCUCCCGCCGCCGACUGACCCGCGCUCCGCCCCGUAACCGGGCCGGCACCCUGGUAGCUAAUGUCAGAAGAAAGUGACUCUCUGAGAACUAGCCCUUCUGUGGCCUCACUUUCCGAAAAUGAGCUGCCACCAGCACCCAAGCCUCCUGGCUACGUGUGCUCGCUGACGGAAGAACUGGUCACCAAGGCCAGGGAAGAGCUGCAGGAGAAGCCGGAAUGGAGACUUCGAGACGUGCAGGCCCUGCGUGACAUGGUGCGGAAGGAGUUCCCGAACCUGCGCACCUCUCUGGACGAUGCCUUCCUGCUGCGCUUCCUCCGAGCCCGCAAGUUUGAUUAUGACCGGGCCCUGCAGCUCCUGAUCAACUACCACAGCUGUAGGAGAAGUUGGCCUGAAGUCUUCCAUAACCUGAAGCCGUCGGCCUUAAAAGAUGUCCUCGCUUCCGGAUUCCUCACCGUGCUGCCCCACACCGACCCGCGGGGCUGCCAUAUCCUCUGCAUCCGCCCAGACAGAUGGAUACCGAGCAACUAUCCAAUUACCGAAAACAUCCGAGUCAUAUACUUGACAUUAGAAAAGCUCAUUCAGUCUGAAGAAACCCAAGUGAAUGGAAUUGUAAUUCUUGCAGACUACAAAGGAGUGAGCUUAUCAAAAGCAUCUCACUUUGGCCCUUUUAUAGCCAAAAAGGUGAUUGGCAUCCUUCAGGAUGGCUUCCCCAUUCGGAUAAAAGCGGUCCAUAUCGUGAAUGAACCUCGAAUAUUUAAAGGCAUUUUUGCCAUUAUAAAACCAUUUCUGAAGGAGAAAAUAGCAAACAGAUUUUUCCUCCACGGGUCUGACCUGAACUCUCUCCACACAAACCUUCCAAAAAGUAUUCUCCCCAAGGAGUACGGGGGCACGGCUGGCGAGCUGGACAUUGCUGCCUGGAACGCGGUGCUGCUGGCCUCGGAGGAGGACUUUGUGAGAGAGUUCUGCCAGCCUGUCCCCGCCUGCGACAGCAUCCUGGGGCGGGCCCUGCUUCCCGAGGGGCUGACCUCAGAUGCGCAGGGUGAUGACUCCAUGCGGGCUGUGAAGUCACAGCUGUACUCCUGCUAUUAGCCAGUCCCUUGUGAGCACCACCAGCUUUACGUCCUUCCCUUUUGUUCUUUGGGGAGGCACAGGAGGAUUUCAGGUGCCAUGGAUUCUUGCUCCUUGUAAUUAAGCUGCAGCAGGGAGGAAAAGCUGAGCGUGAGCGGAAGGGCAUGCCCUGGAUCACUUGAAUUAUUCCACGAAGACAUGGAAAACGUUCCCAGUGAUUCCCAAAUUUGUGGAAUCCCAGUUUGCAACCAUUAAUCUGGAAGUUGUUUCUGGUUCUUAAACAUCUCAAAGCAGGAAGAAUGAGGACCAAAGUCACUUUGAUCCCAUCUUCAGGAGAAAACAACCCGAUUGGCCAGUCAGCACACUCCUGUGAAACACUUGGAUCCAGCCUGCAUGGUGGCCACAUGUGAGACUUUAGGAGUUUGUGUCUCUCACAUGAACCCUAACUCCAGACUUCUGUUGCUCAUCAGGAAUCUACAAGUUUUUGGCCCAGGUACCUGUUGCCAUCAUGGGUUUGGAAAGCACCUUGUCUGCAUCGGGCACACAGCGGGACAUCAGCAGCUUGACCGGGGACUUCCUGAUCAAGUUCGGGAGCCAAGACUUCAAGCACCUGUGGGAUUCAUUGGUUGAAUCUUGCAGUAGAAACUAGUUUUCCCAAAUCCAUAAAGCCUUAGUCCUGGUUCUCAAUAGAAUCAUGCAAGGUCCUAGAAGUAUAUAAUUUUAUUCAACCUAAAAUACUGGAGGCCAGGCCUGUGUAGCUAAAAGAAUGCUGGCCUAAGAAUUAAGAGACCUGAGCUCCAGCCUCAGAUGUGUGGCCAUGGAUAAGACCUGGGCCUCUGUGAGCCUCAGUUUCCUCAUCUGUAAAAUGAUGCUCAAUGAAAUGACACUUAGGGCCCUUUGGGCUGCUGAGGUUCUGGGGUUUGAUUUAGUUAUUGGAUGUUA